AUGUCAAAUAAUAAUUAUCUUAAAUGGAAAUUAGAUUUUUCUAUUGUUGCUGGAGGAAAUGGAUAUGGAACUAACUUAAAUCAAGUUAGUUUAACUCGAGGAAUCUAUAUUGAUGAUGAUAAUCAAACGAUUUAUAUUACUCAAUAUAAUAGUGAUCGGGUUGUUGGAUGGAAAUUCGGUGAAAAAAGUGGUGAAGUCGUCGCUGGUGGAAAUGGUCCAGGGGGUGAUUUAAAUCAAUUGCAAGAUCCAUCAGAUGUAACUGUUGAUAAAAAAAAUAAUUUACUCAUUAUUUGUGAUCAAGGAAACAAACGUGUAGUACAAUGGUCUCGUCGAAAUCAAACAGAUCCAAAAAUAAUUAUCUCGAAAAUUGAAUGUAACGGUGUAACAAUCGAUGAUAAUGGAGAUAUUUAUGUUUCAGAAGGAGAGAAUCAUACUGUUAUACAAUUGAAACAAGGAGAAGCACAGGCAACAAUUGUAGCUGGUGGAAAUGAAUGUGGAUAUGAACCAAAUCAACUAAAUAAUCCUACUUACAUUUGUAUUGACGAACAAUAUUCGAUUUAUGUAUCUGAUCAUGAAUAUGGUCGUGUCACAAAAUGGAUAAAAAAUGCGAAAGAAGGAAUUAUUGUUGCCAAGAAACAAAUUCCAGAUCCUAUUCCACAACCGUCGUUUUAUUCAUUCGGAAUGGCUGUCGAUUAUUUUGGUAAUGUAUAUGUGUCAGACACUCACGAUAGGCGAAUAGUGCGCUGGCUAAAAGGGUCUAAAGAUUGUUACAUUAUUAUGAAUGGAGAUAGUGAUGAACGACCACUAGAGCCGUUCAAUACACCCGCAGCUAUAUCAUUAGAUCGAGAAGGGAAUCUGUAUGUCUUUGAUAAUCAGAAGAAUCAAAUAAUAAAGUUUGAUAUUGAUCUUAAUUGA